AUGUUCUGUCAUCUGGUACCGUACUUUCACAUCAUGAUGCACUUCUGGUGGUGGGUGCUUUGUCUGGGGCCUGUCUAUGCCUGGUGGUGUUAUGCCUACGAGCGCAACAACGGAUUCCUCUCGCGGCUUCGCCACAACGGUCACACAGGCGGCGAACUGGAAGGUACCAUGAUGCGGGGCUGGACCAAAGUAACACUGCUUUACGAGCUUGUGAGUGCCUAG